UGCUUACAGUAUUUGGGUUGUUUUGUUUUGCUUCAUGGGCAUAUAUCAUUUCUGGGGUACAUUUGUUUUUUGUUUUUUUUGCUCUAUUUGCCAAUCUCUUAACCAAUCUAGUAUGGAUCAUCAUCUUCUGUUUGAAAUAAAAAAAAAAAUUAACAUUUUGAGCCUUACCUGCAAAAUCUUACAUAAUUUUUGUUUGUGUGUAUAUUUGAUCAGACAUGCAGCAAUGCGCAUUCAUGUGUUCUUAAUUUGCAAAUUGUGUUUUCCUUUCCUCUUUCUUCUACUUCUUUACCUGUUGGCUUUCUGUUCAAUGGAAUCAGUGGAUUGGGUGAUAAUAUCAUGUGACCUGUGUCUUUAUUGAGUGCAUAUGUUGUGAGUGUGAGUAUGUUUGCGACAUACAUGUUCACCACACAGCAGAAUUCAGAAAUCUUGGACCUUUAUUUUGUGUGUAAUUGUGGGCUUAGACAUGCUACGACUGAGUCAUAGCCUGCAGAUCAAAUCAGUGUUUCUAAGCAACCUGACUCGCAGAAGCAGUUGUUUCUUUAACAGUGUUAUGCAGAAUCACACUAAAAUAAAUUAGCAUUACAUCCUCUUUUAAAGUAUAGAGAAUAUAUGAAAUCAUGAGAACAAUCUCUUCACACCCUUUUAAGGCUAUCCAAUAUAUGGCGAGCCUUCUAAGCCAGUAUUUUUGUAGCACAAGUCACGUGUCUAUUGUAAAAACUCUGGAUCCAGUCUCCCAGAAGGGGCCCUGUCAGGUUGGCUGUAGGGUUUUUAUACUCCCCCAUCCUCCCUUCUUAACAAUGGAAAGAUUGGUGGGAGGGGUAUGUAAUGAGCAGGGCAUGUCCCUUUCUCAUGAGUCUGUUUUCCCAGUCUUGUGCUGAGAGAGCAUUGUUACAGCGAAGUGGUCAUCCUGGCCAAGCCUAACUUCACUGGAAAGGUGUCGUAAUGUCCUGCAGGGUUUUCCCUCAUGAUUGUUUAUCGAAGCGCAAUAAUGUGUUUGAAGCCGGGAGGGGGGAUAGAAGGAAAAACGGGGAGGGUGGUACAUGGACAUAGCUGUGCAUUCCUGUGUCUGUCUUUGCGUGUUUACCCAUCUUGUCGUCAUGCAGACAGCGUGGGGUUGCAGUAAGCUACUGUGCCAACCACAGAGCAGCUCCACCCUGCCAGCGUACCUACUCACUGUCUGUGAAGGGCCUCUGUGCUUCAGCCUGCUCUGCUGUGUAAUCGACUGCAAAAAGCGCAGCAGCUCAACUCAGGAGAUCAGAACUUUUUCCUUUGCCAUAAUAUUUCAGAUAAACACAUUAGGUCACAUCCCCUCAUCCCUUGGAAGUAAAUGUGUCUGACAUUAUUGAUUUAGUAACAAAUUGUGCCCAGAGGAUGAGUUUUGCUACCCAAACUUGACAGGACAGGCCCCUUUUGCUGCGAAAAUGUUUGAGGUCAGGUUUGAGGUUGAGGUUGAUCUUGUUUCAAGUAAUUUGUUGAGAAAAUUCUCUUAUUUCUCUCUCACACUGCCAACUCUGUACAUGCCUGUAUUCAAUUUAUUUCAAGUGGAAAUGAUGUAAAGCUCUAAUUUGUCUGUACCAGCUGGAUACGAUCAGGAUUUUAAUUUGCACUGAACAUGUGAUAGCAGUUUCUAGGCGCAGUUCAUUUUCUUCACUUUAAUGAAAAAACAAAACAGAGCAAAACAAAAGAACACUUGUUUCUUCACUGUAGUUAUGUAGGAUGUGUCCCGAUAUUUCAAUAUAAAUAAACUGGUUGCUUAAUUGUUCUGAAGAUUAAGAAACUGUCAUUGAGCACAACACCAGGCUUGUCUGAAUAACUGGACAAAGUGAAGAUGUGGGCAGAGGUUCAGACGUCCGGGUACACCCUCAGUCUGCAGACAGACAGUGCAUCUAAAGUUGUGGCUGUAAAGUUGUGGUGUUUCACCUCUCACUUGCUGCUCAGUAUGCAGUGAAAAUACCAUAGGCUGACUAGGGCUGUGUUUGAAAAACAUGUGAAGGCCAAGGUGGACUUGAUACCAUUGUAAAUCUAUGGGCUAGCAUUAAGAUGCAUUUAUAAAUCAGGACACAGGCAAUGUGAAUGUGAAUAUAUCAUUUACUGAAGCUUUAAGAGGGACAAGUAAGAUUAUUCCUUUUAUUGUUAGGUGUUAACUUAACUAAUUCAAAGAUCUAGAUUGAUGAUUCUUCAUUGAAACCUACAGUACUUAGACAACCCUAGGUGAUAACAAGAGAAAACAGAUUUCUUUCAUUCUAAGUUGGAUCCUAAGCCAGCUACCGUCAUAGUAAGUGUGACGUCUCAAUUGGAGUGUACUUGGAGGAUACUAUACCACCAGCUGAGAACCACCAGUCAAAACUAAUUAACCCAGUAGGCCCAGUUUUGCAUUCCCAACUGAAUGUGUCUCACCCACAUCCAUCCCAUCACAGACAUUUCUCACAUACUUCUCAUUGUGACUGGAAUAAUUGUUUUUCCUUGAGUGCUUUAUGAGCCUGUGUGUGUGUAUGUGUGUGUGUACUCGCAUGCGGUGUGUUUUUGGAAGAACGAGAAGCACCGUGGUGCGAAUGAGAAGCCGUGGCUCUUCUAAAGAGAGUGUGAGGUGACACAACCCUCUCUGUCUUUCUCUCUCUGUCAAGACCAGGAGGUGGAUGAAGCCGUCUUGAUUCUGAUGAACUAUUUUGUUUUUCUCAGCAGAGAACGCUCAUCUUCACAGGGCGUGUGUCUUCUGUGGAAGAGACACUUUAAUGUCGCAAUCCCCUGAAACUUCUUAAAAGCUCUUUACUCUUGGGUGAGGGAAACAGGGCCACAGGGAUGUCUGAACAAACAGGCCCUUUCUGCAGCACACACAACCACACACACACACAGGUCUGCAUGUGCUUCCUGAACUGGGUCAGCUGAGCUCACGUGUGGAGAGCCAGGCACCCCCACACACACCAGAGAUUCUCCCCUUGGCCUGGAAAAACACCACCAGUUUGACAACAGCCACCACCACUGCUGCCAGCAAUAUUGACACACGCAUACACAUACACACACACACUCACACAUGCAGGAUACACACAUUCAAAUUGUUUCUGACAUGUAAAUCAACUGUGACAUUCCAUGCAAAGCAGGCUCACCUCACACCGUGUCUCAAAGGCUGUCGUGGUUGUCUUUGACAAUGACAACUCAACAUACAUGAUGCACUCCACACACACACACACACACACACACACACACAAUGUUGUCACUGACCAUUUGAGGUCCUCAAAUGUUUUAAUAAGUCUGUUAAGUCCCUAUGGAAGCUAUGUGUGGAUCCCAUCCGCCCACAGUGUUUAUCUGUCCCUGAAGACACACACACAUAUUGCCUCAGCUGGUCUGACUCACUUGAUCUUACUCAUGCGUCAGUUCUUAUUUGCAUUGUCUCUUUGUGUGUAAGUGAAACUUUUAGAAGUUUGAACUACAACAGACUUAAUGCAAAUUUAAGCCCUGAAAAAUAACUGCAGCUUCUGAUUAGCCUAGCAUCAAGACUGGAAGAAGGAGGAAACAGCUAGCCUGGUUAAGUCCAUCUCACGUGUAACAAUCGGACCACCAGCACCUCUAAAGCAAUCAAAUUGUUUCAUUGAAUUGUAAAUAUGUUUUUUUAUUUAGCGUACAUAUACGAGUAGUAUCAGACGCAUCAUCUUUCAGCAACAAAAAAAUGUGAAACCAUUCCUUUAAUUGUCAUGUCUAUAAAAUCUUAAAAAAUGGGUGUAUUUCAUAUUAUGUGUGAACAACAUUUAAAGCCAAAGUAAAUCAGUUUAGAAAAGUUCGGAAUGCAGCACCUGCAACAUACUAUUAUUUAAAAUUGUAUCAGAAUUGUUGCAUAUGAAUUUUUCUGGGAACCGACUGUUUGGAUAAAUAACACCAUCUAGCUUAGCCUCACACAAGCAGCUUUCCAAUGAUCUUCACAGGCUGCGUUGCGUCUGGGUGUCAGCCGUCAUGUGUUGGUUAACAGCCUCUAUGAGGUAUAGUGUUGUUGUAACAGACAGAAGGUGUCGGCUGUAAUUGAAGUCAGCAGUCGAGGGAGAGCAAACAUUUGUGUUGUUUGACUUUGUGCGCUUGUUGACAGGAGCAUCGGUCAGUGGAUUAGAGUUGACUCACAUGGGCUUUUAUCAGGAGGAAAACAAGAACUGCAAGUGCAGCACAGGUCAGAUGAGUGACAGUGUGAUUAAGAAUGGUGCUUUAAUGGGAGGAGUGGGUGUCUCCUUAUAACUUUUCAUGAAACAAAAGAAAGGACGUAUGGGCCUCAACUUUCAUCACCCGGGAGCGGACCACAUAAUGCCAUUGAAUACCCGGAGCUAUGGCCGCAGAAGAGGUCGUUCCUGUCUUUUCCCCUUUGAGGAUGGUUUUCUCGAUGAUGGCCACGGUGACCCCUCCUUGACCCCAGGCCUGAACUCGCCAACCCGCUGUCAGAAUGGAGAGAGGAUGGAGCGCUACUCCAGGAAGGUCUUUGUCGGAGGCCUUCCCCCUGACAUAGAUGAAGAUGAGAUCACCAACAGUUUCCGUCGCUAUGGGCACCUGGUGGUGGACUGGCCCCACAAAGCUGAGAGCAAGUCCUACUUCCCACCCAAAGGAUAUGCUUUCCUGCUGUUCCAGGAAGAGACUUCUGUUCAGGCCUUGAUCGACGCCUGCAUUGAGGAGGAUGGCAAGCUUUACCUGUGUGUGUCCAGCCCCACCAUCAAAGACAAACCAGUCCAGAUCCGUCCCUGGAACCUGAGCGACAGUGACUUUGUCAUGGACGGCUCCCAGCCACUGGACCCCCGAAAGACCAUCUUUGUAGGGGGGGUACCACGGCCCCUGCGUGCAGUGGAGCUGGCUAUGAUCAUGGACCGGCUGUAUGGAGGUGUUUGCUAUGCCGGCAUAGACACUGACCCAGAACUCAAAUAUCCAAAGGGAGCCGGCCGUGUGGCCUUCUCCAAUCAGCAGAGCUACAUUGCUGCCAUCAGCGCUCGCUUCGUUCAGCUGCAGCACAAUGACAUCGACAAAAGGGUGGAGGUAAAGCCGUACGUCUUGGAUGACCAGAUGUGUGACGAGUGCCAGGGGGCACGCUGUGGGGGGAAGUUCGCCCCCUUCUUCUGUGCCAACGUCACCUGCCUGCAGUACUACUGCGAGUACUGCUGGGCAAGCAUCCACUCGCGAGCUGGCCGAGAAUUUCACAAGCCACUGGUGAAGGAGGGGGGCGAUCGCCCUCGACACGUGUCCUUCCGCUGGAGCUGAGGGGGGUCACAAGUCAGCCCUGCCCCGGUGAACCCACACCUGACUCCUGAAAACCUCCUGCACCCCUCCUACCCUGGGACAGUGCUGCAACCCCCCUCCCUCCCCACACCUCCACCUGCUCCACCCUGCUCCCCACAAACACCUCAUGAAAAAAAGCAAAAAGGAUACCGUCAAAUACACGGACUGUCUUCAUACCACAUGGCUCUGAACUCAUUGUCUAGUGUUCCCCUCUGAUGAAGCAUUGCGGGGAAAUGAAAUGCGAAAGUUUAGCAGCUUAGAAUUUGCACUUUGGCACAAAAUCUCACUAAACACACACACAUGCACACACAGGAUGGUAUGUUAGACGCCUGGCUACUUUCAGUUCCCCGUUCUGUUGACUGGGUGGUGUGGUACGUCCUGUUGGACACCCCCCACCCCCCUUUACUGAGACAGAGGUGGGACCAUACAAAUAUUUAAAAAGUAUAUAUUUUUGUUUUGUACCUAUCUAUACAUAUAUAGAUAAUUUAAAUUUUAUGUAAAAGGAGCAUGCACUUAUUUUGAGAAGCUGUAGUUAUAUUGCCCCUAGUAAAAAAAAAAAAAAUCAUUACCAAAGGCAAAUGAAAUUAAUGCAUACAGAAAAGCUAAAUAGGUGGCAUAAGAUGUAGCAAGAUUUAACAACUAUCCAGUAGUGUGGGCCCGUAUCGCCCAAAGUAAAAAUAACAUGGCUAUAUUCGCUCUCAAUUUUGACUCUGAAAAUAUUAAUACCUCAUAUGCGCAAUCGGAUUAGUUUGCUUUCAAUUUGUAGGUCUUUAUUUUUAUAAUAACAUUAUUUUUUAGUGUUAUGUAAAUGUAAUGCUGCAAUAGCUUUGCUGCUAAAUCCAUGGUAUGAACAGAUACCAUAAGUACUUUAUUCAGGCUAGGGUGUAAAAUAAUAACAGAUAUAGAGGAAUGACGAGCUAUCAUAGGGGGAAGGGGCGCCCCUAGAAAACGAUGGCUACCUUUGUGGGGGUCAGGGUGGGUCGCCCCUAACUGCAUGUUUAUUUCAAUCAGGUUGCUGCAUGCAAUAGACUUUUCAGUAUCAUGUCUACUAUUCGAUUCUGCCCAUGUUUGCACAACACAAGUCAGACGUAUGUUCGGCUCGCACGAAACUGGACAGAAACAGGGAAGACUGGUCAAAGGAAUCAUGGCGGCUCUGCGUCGCUGCUCAGGCUGAUGGGCCACGCCACAGGGUGGGCGGAGCAGUCGGUUCCUGCACAAACAGGCAGUGAACACAUCCAGAUGACAGGAGAGGAAAAAAAAUAACCUUAAUAAUCACAAGUCAAAUUAAAUGUAGGAUUACCAUUUAAAACUGUCUAUGAUAGGUGAAGUACUUUUUUGCAGUGAUUGUUGAUAUAAUUGUGCAAUUUUUUAUACCGUAUGUAGUAAGGUCUGAGUAUGCCUAGAACUGUGAUUCGCUUUAACUGUCGUUAAUGUCCGACAUAGAAGUCCUGUGAAACUUCAUAACUAGUGUAUGCACACGUAUAUAUGUUCUCUUGUACACACACUUGCACCAGUAUACACAGAAGCCUCUCGACACACAUGAACAAACACACACACAUACGCACACACGGACGGCUGUCUUUUUUUGCGCACACAAACAGGCCUACAGACACAGAGUCUGAUCUGAAGAGAAGACACAACAAUGUGAGCUUAAACUGACAACUGAGGUCUUUGUUUAUGAUUUGUUCCACCCGUUGACAAAAGCGCACGUUUACGUCGCAGAAUGCAACCAAAGAGGUCACGUGUUCGACUUUUAACAGACCGCCUAACACGCGGAGAGUACAGCCACCCGCCGUGGAGGCCACGCCGCUCACAUGGCCUGCAGUGGUGCAGUUGAUUAGAGGAGGAAGGAGGGCAGUUGGGAAGAAGAACUGUGUGUGUGGGGAUAAAACCAAGCAUUGAAGCUACUGGAGACUUGAGGUUGAUAAACUGAGCUCUGCACAUGCUCUCACUACAUGGCUG